GGAGCCGGGCGUGGGCUGGGGCAGGGACGGGGGCAGGGGAGCUGCCGCGCCGCGACCAGCCGCUUUCACUUUGCCGGAGCGUGCGGGAGGGCGCUGGGCAGCGGCGGCAUGGCGCGGGGGGCCCUGACCCUGCUCCUCGUUGUUAACUUAAUUAUUGAAACACAGUGUAAAAAUGAUACUGAAGCUCCAAUACACAUGGCAUACAAUAAGUUAAUUACAAGGACGAUCAUUGCUAAGAGAGAAAUUAAGUGUAAUCUGGAUGAAUACAAUUUAGGUGCUCAGUGUUGCAAGAAAUGUAAACGUGGUUUUGUUAAAAAUAUCAACUGCCCAACAAAUAUCAGCAAACACUGUGUUCCGUGUGAAAAUGGAAAGGAGUACAUUGAUCACGUCAAUGAUUUGGAUGAGUGUUUGAGAUGCCAUUCAUGUGACAGCAUAUUUGGUCUGGCGGUUGCAAAGAACUGUACCCCAGCACAGAACACAGAAUGCACCUGUGCAAAGAACCAUUUUUGCAAUUCUUCUGUACCAUGCAGGCAUUGCGAUCCAUGUAGCGUAUGUGAAAGUGGCGUAGUUGAAAAACAAUGUACUUCCACUUCAGACACUGUGUGCGGAAUAAAAGAAACAGGAAUGCCAUGGUGGGCCACUGCUUUCAUAAUUGUGUUACUGCUACUACCAGUAGCUGGAGCAAUAUUCUGGUACAAGAGAAGACAGGAGGGUCGUACUAGCAAGAACCCAGGUGAAGCAGUCCCCAAACCAGAGGCUUCUUAUGAGAAUGUACCUCUCAUAUACACAGAUAUUGACCUGAGCAGCCAUAUUGCUGGUAUCGUAGAGGAGAUGACACUCCAAGAAGUCAAGACAUUUGUUCGCAAUCACAAAGUACCAGAACCUGUCAUAGAUCAAACUGUUCGGGAUUAUUUUAGUGACACAUCUGAACAGAAGAUUAAGCUGUUUCAAGUCUGGUAUCAAAGACAUGGGAUAAAAGGAGCCUACAGAACCCUAAUGAACAGCCUGAGAGAGUUUAAAAUGUGCACGGCAGCUGAUAAAAUUGAGGAAAAACUGAACGCAGCUAUUUCCAGCUGUCAGGAAGGGGGACAGUCUUAUAAUGAUGACACUGAGCAAAGCAAAACCUGCACUCAAGAAGGUCGAAACUCUUACAAUGGUAGUGCUGAGCUAAGUAAAACAUGUUCUGGUAGUUUGGAAGAGACAUAGCACAGAGUCAUUUAAAAUUAUUUCUGACUUAAUUAGUAUUUUUCUAAUAAUACAACAAAGCUUUAAAAUGCCAUUUUCAUUGGCAGUUCUGAUGGAUUCAAGAAGUUAUAAUACAAACAAGAAACAAUUAUGACUUUUUUAACAGUAUCUCUCCUUUAAAAAAAGCUUUAACUUUUUUUUUGGUUGUUAAGAAGUGGGAAGAGAAGUUUGAUGGCUUAUUUACGAAAAGGUAUAAUAUAAGAGUCCAGCUAUAGGAUUCACUACAAGAAGAAAGAAGUAGUAGUCGCUACUUGAAGAAAUGGGUUAGUCCAAAUGUAUGGUCCUGCAUUACAUAAUUGAUGUAAUGUUUUGCUUACAUUAAAAUUGUGGGAUGUUGCAUUUUUCAGAGUGAAAACUCUGGUGUUAAGAGUCUAUAAAGUAUACCAGGAAGAAUACUUGAACAAAAAAGAUUUUACAUAAUAUACACCUGAUUAAUUUUGAGUAUAGGUGUUGCUCUGUAAUUAAAUUCUUCUCUGUUGUAAAUAGGAAUUGUCCCUUUUAUAAAAGCACCUCUGUGUGUAUACAGUUUUGUAUAUGUAUGUGUGUAUUUAUGUAUGUAUUCUAUAUGUGCAAGUUUUCUAUGCAGAAGUUCCCAGGGCUAAGUAAAAAAUAUUAUUUCCCUUGUUCUCU